UACAGAGUUCGCCAGAGAAUGAAUUCUGGUUGUUAUUUUCUUUUGAAUUCGUCAAACUUCAGUUUCAGUAUUAGCUGUGACAUUUUAUUUAUUAAUUAAUUUUUUUUCAAAGUUAUCCAUUUAUACUCUUGACAUGUUACCAGGAAAACUAGCUUUUGUGACUGGAGCCGGAGGAGGUAUCGGUCGAGCGAUUUGCCGUGUGAUGGCUCGAGAAGGUGCCACAGUCGUAGCAGCCGACCUAAACAUAAAAAAUGUACAGACCACUGUUGAAGAGCUCACAGGCGAAGGUCACAAAAGUUAUCAAUUGGAUGUGUCCGAUGUUGAAUCCGUCACAAAAGUGUUGAAACAAGUGUUCACGGAUUAUUCUGCACCACCGACUGUAGUGGUCAAUGCUGCAGGAAUUACAAGAGACAAUUUCAUGUUGAAAAUGUCUGUGCAAGAUUUUGAGAGUGUAUUUAAUGUUAAUGUAAAGGGAACUUUUCUUAUCACCCAAACCAUUUGUAAAGAACUUGUGGAGAAAAAUUUAUCUGGUUCCAUAGUGAAUAUUGGAAGUAUAGUCGCACAACGUGGUAAUAAAGGACAGUGCAAUUAUUCAGCUAGCAAGGCUGCUGUUGAAAUCUUCAGUAAAACAGUAGCAUUAGAAAUGGCACGACACAACAUCAGAUGUAACACUGUGUUGCCAGGAUUUACAGUAUCUCCUAUGACUGAUAUGAUACCUGGGAAUAUAAAAGAAUUUUUUAAAACUGCCAUUCCCAUGAAUAGAUUUGCCGAUUCUGAAGAAAUAGCUGAAGUAGUGACAUUUUUGGCGUCUGAAAAAAGUUCAUACAUUACUGGUACAUCAAUUCCAGUUAGUGGCGGUUAUUAAUAUUAGAAUUAUAAAUUCUAUAAACUUGCAGCUUAUACACAGGACAAUAUUUUGAUAAAAAAUUAUUUUUAUACUUAAGAUACUUGUUAUGUUUUUAAUAGUUUUAUAAUUAUAUGGAUAGUCUACUCGUAUAUUGGUUAUGA